CGUCGUUGUGAAGGGUCGAGAGGAGCAGUUACUUUUAUCGAACACGCGUUGGUGCGCGUGCUUGCUCGCGGAGAGCUGUCACUGGCUGGGUCAGUUGGCAACAGACCUUCGAGGUGGUUGGAAGUGGUCGUGUUGUUCGUUCGAAUAUCGGCGAACCCGUCAAACUUACCUCGUCGAGUUUUCGACGCGUAACCACGAUCGAAAGCGAAGCUUCUCGUUUCUGCACCGUGACAGAGGGACUGGAUUAGGGAGAGACGAAUUCGCGGGUGCGUCGAUAAGUCGGGAAAACCAUGGAGUUCGUCAGGAUCAUUUGACCCACGGGAACGACUCCAGGCUCGGUGGAUCGUGCUACCUCGCGUGAUACUACAAGUCGGUAUGCACUGCCUAGGUGCGGUGACAGGAGGCAUUCCCAGCCCAAAUGGGUCUGGCGGUCGGGGUGGCAUUCUCAGCGUGUUCCGAGCCCUUGGAGUCCUAGUGUGCGAAGGGAGGAUUCAGGGCCCUCCACGGGGUUACAAAGAGGGCCCACACUGUGCAGCUCCUAUGCAACCAGCUCCCAACGACCAUGUGUGUGACGAAGAUAAUUACUUGUGCGAUCGAUAUCUUGUGUUGGUUCGAGAGAUCGCGGACCGUGUCACGAUUGGUUCAUCCCUGUGCAUCGAAGUAGUGUUAUGUAGCGAUUGUCCAUGUGGUUUGGCAAAGGCGGCGAGCAAGAAUCCGAUCUGCACCGUGCCGUCCUUAUCGAUCUCGCCAUGGCAACAAGCGUCGGAGAUGCUGCUCGAGUACUGGUGUAUCUGUGCAGUUCCCAGCAAGAGUCCAGAGACCAUGAACUUCUAUGGGGUGUAUCAGGCAGUUCGUUCCCGGCUUCACUUCAGCCAGGUGGCUGCUUGGUGGUCCAGGAGCAACGGGGCUGAACCCUGUUACAUCGCGACGAGAGUGGUGCCGCAUAACGAGGAGAAUCUUCGAAAGUUCCGGGAUGCACCUGUGGAACACACGUUCCCUUUCGCUGGGAAUGGCGAUGGAAAUUCUAUAAAGGUCACCGUUUGGGCACAGCCACGGAUGGAGGAGGUACCGAUUCUCACCUGUCCGCUGCACCCGAUCAAAGAGAAAGACGAGGAGGGCGUCGCGAGGGCUUUAACACCUACCAAGGCUAUCCCGGUUCCCGGUGCUGCGCAAAAUCCCGAAGGCCUCGUUUUGCCUGCUUUAGUGGACGACAGGCUGCAGACGCCUUGCAACAAACCAGGAAAGCAUCACUGUCCCUGCGAAGAGGAGGAUGUUCCACCGCCAUCGCCCGUGAUCCCGCGACAAAAUCGCGAGAGGAAACGUCGUCGAUCGCUGCCAUGUGGUCCAACGGACGCGAACAGCUGCGUGACGGUUCAACCGAUGCCAUCCGUGCGAGAAGCGGUCGCUCAAGAAUCGAAGGAGAAUCAGAGUUCAAGUUAUCCGAAAUGUUCGUCCGAGAUUUCCAACAAUCGUGGCGUGAAAUCUGGCCAAAGUCAGUGUAGCAAGUUCGAGGAUAACUGCAGCAGCAUCAAGAAUCGAAACAAUUUGAACUCUGACAACUUGGAACGGUGCUUCAAGGCUCAGCUGAACAUCGACGAGCGUGAAGGUAACAUGGAGAAGCGUUACAAACGGACGAUCGAGGAUCCGAAGUUGAAGUCCGGAUUGAAUUGCAAGGAAAAACAAUGCAACUUGGAGAAGAAGGAGGUGCAGGGAGCUGGUAACAAGAAAAUCAAAGAUACAGAAGCUAAAUCAACAGAGAAGAACGGUCUGUUCGAGAAUCUGAUACCGUUCAAUUCCUCACUGCCUUGGUCUUUCGUAGAAUCUUGGAACAACAGCAACGCGAACGGAAAGUGUGCUUUCCAGAGCUUGCGCGGAACUAAGGAGGGUUACUUCAACGACCCUGAAAGAAUCUGCAAACCUCCGGUCUCUAAGGACUCGGGCCUCGUGAUAAAUCCUUUCAGACAACCUAGUCCCUUUCACGAAUCAAAUCCAGGCCCCUCGACGAAUAAUCGGCUGAAGCAAGAUUCCGCUUGCAUGGUGCAUCAGAGCUGCGGCAAAUCGUCGAACAAGUCUAAUCAUCCGGAUUCGGUGUCACCUGGACAGGAAGCCACAGAGUCGAAUCUCGACGGUGUCGCGAACAACAAAGGACGAGCCGGGAAAGAUCUGAGCCAAUUGAUAUCGAAGCUGUCGUUCCCCGAAGACAAAGACAAGUCGAAGGAGGAAGGAGGCUUCUUGGAUUGGUUCAGCAAGGUUCCUGGAAGAGUGCUGGGCGUCGCGCCGAGCAACGGUUACGCGGAGAACAAGGUGAAAGCGACGAACCUGAAGAGUCAAGAGCAGCAGGGGAACGAAGUGAGAUUCAAGAAUUGCAACCUGGAGUUGAGCCAGCAGGAGUUCGACGAGGUGUUGGCCGUUCUGAGAGCCAGGACACCGUCCGGUCGCAAGAGGACCAGCGUCAGGACCGUGAGGAGACGGGACCGGUCGGAGAAGUCGCUCGAGGACGGUUCGGAAAAGUCGACGGUGAAAUAUACGAACUUGGAGAACAGCGAAUGCUCGACGAACAACAUGGUGAAUCGUACAAAAUCCUGCGAGGGAUGUAGCCACAAGCUUUGCAGGAAGAACGACCAACAAGCUUUACAGAAGACCAAUUUCACCGAGAUCUAUGGCAAUAAGAAUAUCUACAAUCCGUCGCAGAAGCGCGAGAAGCUCGAGGGGAACGGAUCGAGCGACGAUCUGCAGGCGAUCAAAUGCAAUAAUUCGGAGAAACGAACGAACGACACGAUCGACUGUUUGCAAAAUGUCUCGAACAAAGCGGACAUAUUAUUGGGAGCAAUCUUGCGAACUAGCAAGGACCGAAGGAACCCCUCGGAGGUUACCAAUGGGACCAAACCUAGGUCCGUGUUGCCAACACAAGUCAACGAAUCGGGGAAGAGUGAUCGUAACAAUUUGGGCUGCGAGAAGACGUGUCAAGAGCAGAAAAUCGUGUCGUUGGAGGACGAGAAGUCUUUACCAAUGGCAUUGAACAAGAGAUUCAAUCGAUUCCGGCAGCUAUUCAAGAAGGAACAAGAGAAGAAGGUGUCCUCGAACGCGGAGGGCAAUUCGUACGAAACGAUUCAACAGUUAGGUCAACGUUCGUUCUCCUACAACAACGUCCAGCCAAGCCUGCACGAUCCAAAGAAUCUGAGGGACAGCAAAGCGAGACGCCGAAUAGAUUUCUCGAAUUUCGUGGAGGAAACGGAGAAACGUGACGCGUUGCCGGAUCCCUCGGACCUUAGUACAAAUGGCGCACAUCAAAACUCAAAAACCUAUAGUACAAAUUACAAGGACGAACUCUGCGGUUACCACGAGCUUGAGACGUCGAAAUGGCCCAACAGGCUGCACAGUACAAACGAAGUAAACGACGGUACGGUCCAGCGUGAAGAAGAUGACGAGGCUACCAUUUUGUCGAAGCUGCGCAAGGACACCGUUCCGAAUCUAGGGAAGAAUAACAGUUAUUUAUCUUCCAAGCUACGAAACGGUGUACAUGGAAAAGACAACACGAUCACCGACGAGGAGGAGACCCUCGAUAAAGCGGUACCAACAGCCAUCGAGCAAGAAAGAUUUCGACGCUCGUUGGAGAACGCAGCCUCUAUGGUGUUCCAUAGUAGGACCGGUUUGCCAUUGACUUCUAGCCCAGCGCCGUUGAGAAGAGGCAGCUGUUGCUUCGAUUAUGAUAGCAGUCUGAAUUCAGUCUCCUCAAAAAGAAGCGCACUGUUCGAAUUAAAUACCCCACCAAGUCCAGGUGCCGUAUCGCUAGAAGAAACCGAUAGAGAGACCGAGAACGCUGGGGAAGGGGAGGAGACACCUAAAAGACGCUCGUCUUCUCGUAGUAGACCGCAGAGUCACGCUCUUUUAGGCAGCUUUGAGGAAUCAGCUUUAAAUGGUAGACUCGAGCCUGUGUCCACAGUUCAUGGUUUCACGGCAGAGCUCGGUGCGAGUGGUUCCUUUUGUCCAAAACAUCGAAAGCUUCCAGUCACUGUGUUCUUCUACACCCUUGGUGACAAUGAUAAAGUUUCUACACCCUAUCUCGCACAUAUUAAUUUGGGCAAAAAGGGCUACCAAGUACCAAGAAGCGGUACUAUACAAGUAACGCUUCUCAAUCCUCUGGGUACAGUCGUUAAGAUGUUUGUAGUACUAUACGAUCUUUCUGAUAUGCCGCCACGAUCUCAUACUUUUUUACGUCAGAGAACACUGCGGGAUAAAACACUACGCUACCUCGUACAUCUUAGAUUUAUGUCCGGUAAAUCAGGUCGGAUCUAUUUGCACACGGACAUCCGUAUGAUAAUUUGUCGCAAGUCUGACGUCGAUACGGCGUCAGAUUUCGGGUCAGAGCCACCAAAGGAACUCCGCAGCUACAUCCACGGCCCUACCAACCCGAAAUUCUCGCCAAGGUGCUGAGCCACGUGGCUCUUUCCAUGGAGUUGUUGUCAGUCGCUCCGUUCACCUAGUCCCCUUCACGCAGAGGUUUAACAAAAAUGAAUUUCAUGGAAACGGGUGGACGUUAAUUUUCAGAGUCUUCGACAACGAUUUUUUCGAGGGAAGAAAGCAUUUGAAAUUGAGAUUCCUUGGGAAUCUCCGAGCAAUAUUUGAAAACAAAGAAGAGGUAUCCUUGAAUUUUGACAAGGAAUGAUUAUUGGAAAACAUUUUGAUGGGAUACCUUGAUUAUAAGAAAAAAGAUGGAGCUUAAUGUCAUGGAAGAAAAUCUUAAUGUCAUUGAGAUUGUUAUUCACGGAAGAUUGAUAGUAUUUUGGAGAGAUUCUCGCGAAGAAUGUUGAAGGGAGAUGUGAGCGAUCGGAGGAAGAAAGUUUGAAGAGGAAACGUUUUUCUUGAAUGAAAUAUUUCGAAAGAGUAAUAAGAAAGGUACAUUAAUGGGAACAUUAAGAAUCGCUUCAUGUUUCGUUGUUCAGUUCUUGUUCCUUUCGGUUUAUCAGUGAUUUUUAAUCGUAUUGCAAGGGACACACGCGUCAGCGUUAGCUUGCUCGAUGUUUCUUUGAUUUUAGUUUCGUUGUUGGUCGAAAUUUUUAGUUGAAUUAAAAUCUAUCGUUUCGUUUACUCGAUGCUUUCGAACGGAUGUGGUGUUUUUUGUUUCUCUUUUCCGGCGUAACUUUUGCCCGUGACGAAAGCUUACGUCAGAAGAGUUCUUGUCUUUCAGAUUUCGCGCACUCGAACGUUCAUUUCAGUGACGCGAUUUUAAGAAACAGAUUUCUAGCUUGCCGAAGCUCGUGGAUUCGAAAGCUGGAAGAUCUCCUUUGGAAGGCCAUCUUCUCAAUUGUUGUAAAUAUAAGAGUCACGUGUAAAGUCGAAUAAGAAUUUUUUUAACGGGAUGAUAAUGUCGUGUGUGUGUAGUACGGUAAAGAAGAAGAAAAAAAUAACGAAGGAAGAAAGUUAAAAAAGCGAUCCGAGAGCAUAGAAAAUAUCAAGAAUCGGGUCUCUCGUUGACACGAAAAAAAAGAAAAGGAAUCCUCAAACUGUGUUGUACAAACCACCCCCGCCACCCCAUCCAAUAAAGAGAGAAAGAGAAAUAUGUGAUCUAGAAAAUCGUUUAAAGUGUAAUUUAAAAUAGAUACGAUUUAUCGAUUCGUUGAUAUUUUCAGAGAAGAAAGAAAAUUGAAAGACGAUGCAAAGACUCAUCGUUUAUUUUAUUAAGAAAAUGAAAGAGAGAAAAAAAUAUGGUAGGAACGUGCUUUCGUGUAAAAUGUUGUUUGCGAUCAACGAGAUGGCUGGAUUACGCGACAUUUCCUGCUCUAAGUAAUGGAGGAAAAAAAAAUAAAUAAAAAAGAAGAAAAAAAGGAUCAUUAUUUACACGUAUAAAACAGAACACAAUUUUUUGUGUCCGUAGCACUGUGAUGAAUAUUUUGAUAGACUACAAAGAGUAAUUAUUAUAAAGUAUCUAUUUGAGUAGCGACUAUGUCCUAGAUUAUAAUUCAUAAUUGUACUAAUGUCGUAUGAGGAAUGUAAUCGAGCGUAAUUUACUAACCGUUCAAAUUACACGUAAAAACUAUACGCAGUCACCACGAGGCGCUCAGUAAUAUUAUUGUCUCCUCGCAUCGAACGACAGUUCGUUUCCCUUAUUUUUCUACGCGCGCGAUAAAAGCAAAAGAAAAACAGGUUGGAACAAUUUAGUUGGAUUUCUUAGCUGACUCGAAACGUUUCAUAGUUUUCCGAAUUAAUAAAAAUGAUCCAUAGUCGCAAUAGAAGUAACUUCACCAGAAAAUAUAUCUUUUCUUUCGUUGUUUUACUGCGUUCGCUUUUGAUAGAAUUGAAACAAACCGAAAGAGACGUUUAGAUGUAAAAAUGGCGCAGGUUUCUUUUUGCGACUUGUCAACUGAAGUUUGCCUUUCUAACGAGAGACGUGGAAUAUAUCGAGACAAAGCAUGCGAAGUUCGUUGCGUAGCUAGGUAGACAAGACGAGCACGUUGUUGUUUGAUCCGCGCCGAUAAUCUUUCAUCCGAGUCGCACGAGACGUAGCUGAAACAAGUCAGAAUUAAUUAAUUGGUCGAAGAGGGAAGUGUUGCGAACAAUCUCGAGCAACGCGCUUGUUCGCAGACCCAAAUUAACACUUUGGCGACCGGUUGUUUGCGUAUUUGUGUCUUUCAUAUACGUCUAGAGAUGUGCGGCCCGACUAAUGCGUCGGGUCGGUUCGGAAAACAUCGGACGGGCUCGGGCGGGCGUCCCAUACACGCGUGCAGUCGGGUAGCCCAACUGUUUCGGGUUCGGUCGGGUACAGUCGGGCAGAUUCGGACGAGCUCCCAAAUUAUCUUAUUAUUAAAUUCCAAAAUUCCAUAUAAAACAGAUUUUCAACAAAUGUAUGAGAGUUGGACCGCGGCCCACGGGAGCUCGUCCAAAUCUCCCCGACUGCACCCGACCUAACCUUACCUAACCUGACCUAACCUCACAUGUAUCGGACGCCCGCCCGAGUUCGCCCGAUUCUUUCUGAGCCCGCCCGAGCCCGUAAUACCGGGUACCCGCACAUCCCUAUAUACGUCAUAAUACUUUUAUUUAUUUUUAUCUAAUAUACGCUAACUUUAAUUUGGGAAUUGGCAAUUUCGCAACCCAGAUGUAAGGGAAGAAGUCUAAAUUGACAUUGCGAAAACUUUAAUUUAGAAAUUGGCAAUUUCGCAACGUAUAUUCAGGUGUAAGGAAAGAAGUUUAAAUUGAUUCGAAUGCGCAUCGUAAAAAUUCUAAACUGCUAUUUUAUAGCCGAUAUCUCUUCUAUUUGUGACGACUUUGAUUAACGUCACUAUUAAUUUAUUUUUACAACUGUAUGCUAAUCGACAAUCUGAAAUGUAAUCAUCCUCUGAAUAGAAGUCGUCAAAGUGUUAAGCACUUUCAACGUUGCAAAACUUUUGUAGCACGUGUAUUGUACGGCAAGGAAACGUAGAGUGUGUAAUCACUGCCAUGCUGUAUAUACAUUGUAGCAUAUAGGUGAACCGUUGAAUAAGAAUUUAAGGGAAUCUUUAGCAAUAGUUCGUCGCCUGAAUCGAGAGAUCCCAUUGACCAGAAGUCAGGAGGUAAAAAAGCGUAGAGCGAGAUCCGUUAAAAAAUUUCUGCUCACUUUUGUUACUUUAUUUAGAUUUUUCUUUUUCAACUUAUCAGAUAUGUGAUAAUAUUGUUUGAAGAACGGAUCUUUUUCAUUCGGAUCUCGCUCGUUGUACACCAAUUCUGAUAGCGUAUUUUCCGAUGAUCACGAUAAAAGGAAUCGCUUAAUAGCUUUAAAAUAAUCUCCACGACGCGUGUAAUUAAUUUUCAUACGACGAAAAAUCGAACACGAAUAUACGUGCAAUUGAAUGUUAGAGUUCUUUUUUUUUGGAAAUUCCUGCUGAUAGGAUGACGAACGAGAUUGUAUUUUUGGAAUCUACAAUCGAGGAUACACGACUUGUACACUAAACUCGUAGGACGCGCACUAAGAAACUUUAUUAUUGUGAUAAACUUUUAUCGGGUAUAGAGAGGUCUGUGUGUUAUCUUUGAAAUCGAACGCAUUAUCUGUUGCUGGAAAAUAGGCAGGCGAGUUAUAAUUCGACGGUGCCAAACUCGAUACGAGAAAGAGGAAAGGGCUAUUGGAAAGGCUCGAUGAUUAUACACCAUACACAUACGUUUGGAAUUCAUCCCUUCGAUCAAUAUUUUUCAAACAAUUUUAUUUUAUUUUAUUUUUAGCGAUUCGUUUUAACAUUCUGUUCGCAGUUGUUUUCAAUUUCUUGUCUUUUAAUCCGUGUUUUCGAAUUGGUAGCGUUUUAAACAUUGAUAAAACGUAGUCUUUCUAAUUUGUUAAUUGUUUUUUUUCUGUUCUUUUUUUUUAUCGUUUCAUCGCUGCUGUUUCGGUAAGCUUCAAUCGGCUACAACUUGAUUUCUGUGAAUUAUCGUCGAUUAGACAGACGUUUAAAUAGAACAUAAAGGAAAGAUUCUUUGAAUGUGUUGUCUAAACGACGAUAAUUAUACGAUUAACACCUGUCGAUGUUAGCUAUGGCUACAGAACGUUCUGUUGAGUCACCUGAGCACACUCUAUGAACGGCAGGCAUGUACAUAAGGUAGCGUUAUUUUAUAAAUGAAAAUUAUUGUUAUCGCUAUGUAAGACGUGUACUUUUUAUUAUUUAGCGAGCAGAGCGUGCGGUUCAAGAGAGAAGGAACAAUUUUGUCGAACGAUUCAACACUUAUAUUGGUACGCGCAUGGCGAAACGUAAUAAAAGUACAGCAAUGCGUUAAUAAAUAAUCGUGUACGUUUAA